AUCAAGUCAGAGAAAAGGCACGGUUGACUGCUCCGAUUCAAACAAUGAGUCGACGACGUCAAAGCUGGCACAAAAAACUAAAGCGGGAGCAGGAAACACCCACAACCAAGCAGAUAUCAAGGCACCCCUCCAAUCAACCCCACAGCUCACAUCGUCCCAACAACAGGAGACUCCUCAUCGUUACCUCACUGCCAUCGUCAUCAUGAGAGUUGAAGAUUUGAUCAUUUCCAUUGCCUAUUUCUCCAUCCCUCUUCAGUUGGUGGCAUCCUUGACCUUUUACCCUCGGCUCAUGUCCAUGCCUCCCCAGAUAUUGUUUUUGUUCGUUCUCUUUGCCCUCUUUAUUCUGUGUUGUGGAACUGGACAUGUCUUGCGGUGUGUCAAUAUGACAGAUACACAUGCCUUUCAUGUUGUCAACUGGAUCACUGCCUUUGUGUCGAUUACCACAGCACUUUUUCUUCUUCCCAUGGUGCCCACCCUCAUGAGUGAAAUUGAUGAUGGACUGCAACGACUACAAAAGCUCGAAGAGGAAGCAGUCAAGGGAGCCAAAUACUCCAAGCUGAGUAUGGAACACAGUGAAGGAGUAUGAGUGUCCAGCAUUUAGCAAUCGGGAAUUGCAUUUGAGCAUGCGAUCAAUGCACGGUGCCUCCGUUUCUCGUUCCCAGCCAUUUUGGUCUACAUUCUUCACUUGCAUCAUCUUCCAGCCAUCUAUC